GGAGGAGAGGAGGGAGGAAGGGAGUGUGAGGAGUGUGCACUCAGAGAGACUGGUGCUGUCCGUUCAGCACCACAGCCCUCAUCUUUCGUUGAAUGCCACAAGGGGUGUUCGUUUCCCUAAUUAAAAGACGGCGUGGAUUUGGAACUAGGUUUUCAUUAUAUGGAGUCAUAGCCUACACACAUUUUUCAUCAACGCUUUUCCGAGGGGUGUUCAUCUUUGGUUUUGUGAUGUAGCCUAACCAUGAACAUUUAGUUUUUUCCAUCCUGUUUCUGGGGCAGGCACAGGCUGUUUCUUGCUUUAGCCUACUUUGCAACUAUAUCAAACAUCCGUUGAGGUAUUGCUUUAUUUUGUAUUAUUCAAUGUUGGGAUUUAUCUGAAAGCUUGAGGGGAGCCUGUGCUUUUUUGCAAGCUGAAUAAAAGAAGUCGGGAAGAAAUCUGCCUUCUCUUUUCCUCUUUCAACUCGAGUUCAUGUGUCGGCCGAAUCGCACUGCGUUGCCUCGCACAUAUUUUGCAAUUUAAUGCCUGGAACCUGCUCAAGACAUGCCUAAGCGACGCAAUGGGACAAGGCGACGAGAACGAUCGUAUUGUGAUUAACGUGGGAGGUAUCAGACACCAGACCUACCGUAGCACCCUUCGUACAUUACCGGGCACCCGGUUAGCUUGGCUCGCCGAGCCCGAUGCCCACAGUCACUUUGACUAUGAUCCCAAGAUUGAAGAAUUUUUCUUUGACCGGCACCCGGGUGUGUUUGCCCACAUCCUCAAUUACUAUAGGACCGGGAAGUUGCACUGCCCUGCAGAUGUUUGCGGCCCGUUGUACGAGGAGGAGUUGGCAUUUUGGGGUAUCGAUGAGACUGACGUGGAACCAUGUUGUUGGAUGACUUAUCGGCAACAUCGAGAGGCCGAGGAGGCAUUGGAUAGUUUUGGGGGUGGGCCCCCCGAGAAUUCAGAGGAGGAUGGGGAUGAGGAAACGCUGGGAAUGAUCAAUAGGUUGGCUCUUGAUGGACCAGAUGCCAAAUCCGGGGGGCAUUGGCGACGUUGGCAGCGGUUGCUUUGGGCACUCUUCGAGGAUCCCUAUUCUUCUAAAUAUGCAAGGUGGAUAGCCUUCGCCUCCCUGUUCUUCAUCCUGGUUUCCAUCACCACCUUCUGCCUGGAGACACAUGAGGCCUUCAACCCCAUCAUCAACCGGACGGAAAUUGACCCGCUGGACAACAGCACGCGGGUCUACCAGGAGACUGAGACCGUGGUUUUCCUCACCUAUAUAGAGGGGGUCUGUGUGCUGUGGUUUACAUUUGAGUUCAUAAUGCGAGUGACAUUCUGUCCGAGCAAGCUGGAGUUUUUCCGUAACACCCUCAACAUCAUCGACUUUAUUGCCAUCAUGCCCUUCUACCUGGAGGUGGGGCUGAGUGGGCUCUCUUCCAAGGCGGCUAAGGAUGUACUGGGUUUCCUACGUGUGGUACGCUUUGUCCGGAUCCUCCGGAUCUUUAAGCUGACUCGGCACUUUGUGGGACUGCGUGUCCUGGGUCAUACACUCCGGGCCAGCACCAAUGAGUUCCUGCUCCUCAUCAUCUUCCUCGCCUUGGGUGUGCUCAUUUUCGCCACUAUGAUCUACUAUGCUGAAAGGAUUGGUGCCAAGCCCAAUGAUCCCCGAGCCAGCGAGCACACACACUUCAAGAACAUUCCUAUUGGAUUCUGGUGGGCGGUGGUGACCAUGACAACCCUUGGCUAUGGAGACAUGUACCCUCAGACAUGGUCUGGCAUGCUGGUGGGAGCCCUGUGUGCUCUGGCUGGUGUGCUGACUAUUGCCAUGCCAGUGCCUGUUAUUGUCAAUAACUUUGGGAUGUAUUACUCCCUGGCGAUGGCCAAGCAGAAGUUACCAAAGAAAAAGAACAAGCAUAUCCCCCGCGCCCCACUUCUGGGCUCCCCCAAUUACUGUAGGUCAGAGGUAACCUCACCUCACCACAGCACGCAGGACGAAACAUGGCCCCUGGCCCCACAAGAACCACCAGAAGAGAUCUUAGAAAUAAACAGAGCAGCUCCACAAGCUGUUUUUCAAGAUCCCAAAGUGAACGGGGAAACGUCCAAGGAGUCAGCCAAGAGAGCAGCCAAGGAGUUAGCCAAGGAGUCAGCCAAGAGAGCAGCCAAGGAGUCAGCCAAGGAGUCAGCCAAGGAGUCAGCCAAGGAGUCAGCCAAGGAGUCAGCCAAGGAGUCAGCCAAGGAGGCAGAAAAAGCAGCGCUGGCCAAUGAAGACUGUCCCCACAUAGACCAGAUCAUGUCACCUGACGACGGACAGAUCUUAAGCCCUAUUGACCGGUCUGAGCAGCAGCCCUGCUUCCUGCUGGCCAUGGGCGGGCGGCCAGGCCACACGGCGGCCAGAGUCAGGAAGGCCGGCCCUUCCCAGGGGAGGUCACUGGCGGAGCCGGCGCCCCCAUGCCCACCGCUCGGCCCCCAGGGCCCCCAGGGCUACCCUCUGCUGCAGCUAGCUGGGUGGGUAUGUGGCCAAGAGGACGGCCAUGCCACACUCACAACCUGACACCCCAGCCUCUAACACUAAAGAAUAGCACAAUCAAAGAAUUGCCUUGUUCACCACACCGAGAGAUCCUUACUAUCCUUAUGUUCUACAAUAACAUCAGGCCUUCAUCAUAUCCUCUAGUCUACAGUUACACCAGGCAAAGGCAGGACAAGUGCAAACCAAAGGCUUUUAUGAUGAAUCAACUCUGAAAAAGACGAAGAAAAAGCUGCUUCCACAAUUGUUGCAGUAUCAAACUAUAAUGCCAGUGUCAUCCGCAGCUUCUUAAAUUAGCUGCUUUGAGCGUAGGGAGAUGAAUCACAAGCACAUAAUACUGUAUAUUGUUGUCAUGGGCUAAUAGCAUUGCUAAAUCUCACCUGCCAUCAUCCCCAGCCAAGUUCCCAGACACUAGCUAAGACAGAACCUGCUACAGCCUCCAUACAGUAUACAGUUUACACAUACUUUUUUAUCUUGCCUCUUUUAGUGCACAGUGGAGCUUUUUUUGUCCGAAAGGUCACACAAUCCCACUAUCUCCCAUAGUGAACCGCUCUUUGUGAGCAUGAUCUGUUUUGGGUGGACAAGUUCAGUGACUCUCAAGAGCCAUAACACAAACACAACUGUAAUCCACUGUGUCCACUUCAUGAGACUGAUCCAUUACAUGAAUCAAGUAGGAUGAUCACUAACAGUAGCUAAGAGUACACAUGCCCUCACUGUUGUAUAUUCUAUGUCAUGUGUUUAUCAAUGUGCUUCUGAGUGUGUGUAUGGUAUGUCUGCGACUGUGUCUGUGUGUGAUUGUCUGUGUAUAUGUUGCCAAUGGAAAGUGAACCUGUUUCUCUGUUGCUCCAUAUUGGAAUGUGUUGUGCUUGUCUCUUAACUCAACACUGCAUGUCCUGUCCAGCUGAUGGUUGGCAUUGGAGAGGAAAUGUAGCUGGUGGUAAGGGGUGAAGUAUGGUGAGGAAUAAGAGAGGCCACAUGGUAUUACAGUCUAUGACAAGUAUUGUGAGAAGCAAGACGGACAUUUUCAACAGCGUCCUACCUCUGAUCUAACAACGAAUAACUUCAGCAAAUAACUAUUUUUAUAUCAUUGCUUCACAAAUAGAUGACAGGCUAUUGUUAUUAAAUAACAGCAUGUCAUAAGAUUAUGUAACAAGAUCACUAUAUAAUUGGACUGCAGUAGAUAGAUGUUGAAGUCUAGCUGAAUAUGGCUCUGUGCCAGCACUCUUAUAGACAGUAUUACAAAGCAGACUGGAUACUGUCAGUCUCUCUUCUCCAUUUGAUAUUGUUAACCACAAAUGUAUCUUGAUGUUGAACUAGCUGAAUAAGCGUCAGAUAAGUGUUCGUGCCUGGAGCCAGAAUGGCUGUUGGGUUCUCAACCCUGCUAGAAAAUACAUUGAUGUGCCUUCUCUUUCCGAGCCGUGCCUCAACCCCCCCAACUGCUCUCUGCAUGCUUCCGGGGCCUUAAUCAAACAGAGAAUGCAUGAAUGGUAAUACGUGUGUACAAUUGGCCUGGAUCAAUAAAAUUAUACAUUUUGAAAAAAGAGUGAAAGGAAAUUAUUUGAAAGAUAGAGGUCCCAUACUGUUACACUACACCCUGGAAACUCUGUCUCUCCCAAAACAAAGGUUACCAAAUGCUUUAUAGCCUUAGCACCAUUGUCGGCAUGGGGGGCUGGUACUGGAGUGGUCAGUGACACAGGGCGGUCUCCUAAGGUCUCCUAAGGUCCCCUCUAAACCUCUGCCCUCUGCCCUUCUCCCUGUUACCCACCCACAGGAACCCCAUCUGCAGCUAGCUCCUGUUCCACCGUGUUGUAUCGGUCUGUCCCAUUUUUGUCCUCUGGACCUUUCUCUCCGUCUUCAGCUUUUCGCUUUCGUCUCUUCUUUUUUCUGUGGUUAUCUAUCUGUGUUGCUUGUUCUCUGUCUCUGUAAACUGUCCCUUCUCAAAACUGAUAAUGGGAAGAGAGUCUUUAAUACCAGAAAUAUGGAAUUUUGACAUCCAUAGGAAAGAGUAGGUCAGCUCAGGUAGAUUCCAAAAGAUCUGGAAGAACUCAUAUAGAACUCUACACCUAUGAAUGGGAGAUAAUAUUCUCUAAAUACUCUUGUAUAGCCCAUCCAAAUGGUGAAAAGGACCCAGCUGUAAAAUAUUCACUGAAGGUGAUGUACUCCAACACAUCAAUUAUUGGAACCUAGUCAUGUUUUUAUUGAAGGCAAACCAUCAAUAGAUUCAGUAGUCAAGAUAUAUAUUUUUGCUUAUCUAUAUUCUAUUUCAUAAUACUUUUUUACAAGGUAAAGCAUGUAUCUUCCCACCACAAGCACAACCACAAAGUAGCUACUUCAAAGAGAAGUCCACUUUUCCUAUUUUUGGUUGACUUCUUCUCCUGUUCUGCUCGUCUGUCUUUUAUUCUGUCGAUCUUCCUAUCCUGCUACAAUCCUGUCUUUCUCUCUUGAGGUGGCUCCCCCUCAGGGACGUGGUGUGCAUGGACACAGCUCCGACACAACAGAUAGUUGGCCCAGUCACACACUCUGUUCCUCUGCUGUCCUCUCAGCUUGUCUCUUUCUUUCACUUCUCUAUAUCUCUGUCCCUUGUUUUCUCUCCCUCUCCUGGAUCACCACAGAGCAAGUUUUUUUAUUUUUAAAACAUCUGUUAGAGGUCCUCUUUCUCUGUAACCCCCCCCCC